AUGUCUGCUGAGCCAGAUCACGUCCAUUCCAAGAAGAGGGUCAACCUCAAUGACCCCUCCGGCGCCGAGGUGAAGGAUGAACUCGACACUGCUACCGCCAUCCUAAAGAAGAAGAAGAAGCCGAAUUCAUUGAUUGUGACCGAUGCAACCAACGACGACAACUCUAUCAUCGCUCUUUCUAACAACACCAUGGAGACCCUACAGCUGUUCCGUGGCGACACGGUUUUGGUUAAGGGCAAGAAGCGAAAGGACACAGUUUUGAUCGUUCUGGCAGAUGACGACCUUGAUGACGGGAGUGUUCGUAUCAACCGUGUUGUCCGCCACAAUCUCCGUGUGAAGCACGGUGACAUCGUUACUGUCCAUCCAUGCCCAGAUAUUAAAUAUGCCAAGCGGAUCGCCGUCCUUCCUAUUGCUGACACUGUCGAGGGUCUCACUGGCUCUUUGUUUGAUGUCUUCCUUGCACCAUACUUCCGCGAGGCAUACCGUCCAGUACGACAGGGCGACUUGUUCACAGUACGUGGUGGUAUGAGGCAAGUGGAAUUCAAAGUGGUUGAGGUCGACCCCCCAGAGUACGGCAUUGUUGCUCAGGAUACAAUAAUCCACUGCGAAGGCGAGCCUAUUCAGCGUGAAGAUGAGGAGGGCAACCUCAACGAGGUCGGAUAUGACGAUAUUGGUGGCUGUCGGAAACAAAUGGCCCAGGUUCGCGAACUUGUCGAACUGCCCCUCCGCCAUCCCCAACUGUUCAAGUCGAUCGGUAUCAAGCCUCCCCGUGGUAUUCUCAUGUAUGGUCCUCCUGGUACCGGUAAGACCUUGAUGGCUCGUGCUGUUGCCAACGAAACCGGUGCAUUUUUUUUCCUCAUCAACGGUCCCGAAAUUAUGUCUAAGAUGGCUGGUGAGUCCGAGUCGAAUCUGCGUAAAGCCUUCGAGGAGGCCGAGAAGAACUCCCCUGCCAUCAUCUUCAUCGAUGAAAUUGACUCGAUCGCCCCCAAGCGUGAGAAGACAAAUGGAGAGGUUGAGCGUCGUGUCGUCUCUCAGCUCUUGACUCUCAUGGAUGGUAUGAAGGCUCGUUCCAACGUCGUAGUCAUGGCUGCCACCAACCGGCCCAAUUCGAUUGAUCCUGCUCUGCGUCGUUUUGGACGUUUCGACCGCGAAGUCGAUAUUGGUAUUCCUGACCCUACUGGCCGUCUUGAAAUUCUUCAGAUUCAUACCAAGAACAUGAAACUCGCCGAGGAUGUUGAUUUGGAAGCAAUUGCCGCUGACACCCAUGGAUACGUUGGAUCCGAUAUUGCCUCGCUUUGUUCAGAAGCUGCAAUGCAACAGAUUCGCGAGAAGAUGGAUCUCAUUGAUCUUGAUGAAGACACUAUCGAUGCUGAGGUCCUCGACUCCUUGGGUGUCACCAUGGACAACUUCCGUUUCGCUUUGGGUGUGUCGAACCCCUCUGCCCUCCGAGAAGUCGCCGUCGUCGAGGUGCCCAAUGUGCGCUGGGAGGACAUUGGUGGCCUCGAAGAAGUCAAGAAGGAACUUAUCGAGAGCGUGUCCUAUCCUGUCGAACACCCUGAGAAAUUCCUCAAGUUCGGUCUUUCUCCCUCUCGAGGUGUACUUUUUUAUGGACCUCCUGGUACUGGUAAGACCAUGCUUGCCAAGGCCGUUGCAAACGAGUGUGCUGCAAAUUUCAUCUCCGUCAAGGGCCCAGAGUUAUUGAGCAUGUGGUUCGGUGAAUCCGAGAGCAACAUCCGUGAUAUCUUCGACAAGGCUCGUGCAGCCGCUCCUUGUGUUGUCUUCUUGGACGAACUCGACUCGAUUGCCAAAGCACGUGGUGGCUCGGUUGGAGAUGCUGGUGGUGCAUCCGACCGUGUGGUCAACCAACUUUUGACUGAAAUGGAUGGAAUGACUUCCAAGAAGAAUGUCUUCGUGAUCGGCGCCACUAACCGACCCGAGCAACUGGAUCCUGCUCUUUGCCGUCCAGGACGUCUAGACACCCUCGUUUAUGUUCCUCUUCCCGACCAGGCUUCACGAGAGGGUAUUCUCAAGGCUCAGCUUCGCAAGACCCCUGUUGCACCUGAUGUUGACAUUGCUUUCAUUGCAAGCAAGACCCAUGGCUUCUCUGGUGCUGAUCUUGGCUUUGUCACUCAGCGAGCCGUCAAAUUGGCUAUCAAGCAAUCGAUUGCAGCCGAGGUUGAACGCCAGAAAGAACGUGAGGCAGCUGGUGAGGACGUAGAGAUGGAUGAGGCCGACGUCGAAGAUCCAGUUCCAGAGCUGACGCGUGCCCACUUUGAAGAGGCCAUGGCUACUGCCCGACGAUCCGUCAGCGAUGUUGAGAUCCGUCGAUACGAAGCUUUCGCCCAGAGCAUGAAGAAUUCUGGGGGCAGUGCUUUCUUCCGCUUCCCAUCGGCCGAGGAAGUUGGCGGCGGUAGUGGACAGAACGGUUUUGGUGAUGCAGGCAACGAUGACAGCCUGUAUGAUUAG